AUGUGGUCGGCUUCGUCGCUCCUUUUUGCAUCCCUUGCCGUGCCUUUGGCAACCGUCUCGGCACAAGCUCUAACUACCGUUACUUAUGGUCCCUCUGGCCCCUGCCCAGUCCCGUCAACCACCAGCUCUAUCAUUGUACAGCCAGUGUACUACAGCUCCUUCUUUCAAUCUGCUUCUCAGAUUGUGAAUCUGUGGGGUGAUGGCAACAACAUCGCCAUCAACAAUGCCCCCGUAGAAUAUGUUGCCAAUACAUACAUCACCACUGUCAUCACUACUGUGAGCUCCGGAAGCGGGAGCACCUCUGUGACUUUGACAACAACUGCAACAGUCGAUGGAACCGCCACAACCACCGCCACCACAACCCCGAGCCUGACGACCACGACUCCUGGCCUGACAACGACGACGACCCUUGCUCAAACCCCUCCCAUAAUUUUUACCCCAGUCGAGGCUCCUCCAGUCACUCCGUUGCCAGAAGAAGUUCUCACUGUCACUUUGACCAUAGAUGGAGUCGUGGUCACGACUACGACCUCUCAGCCAACUUUCACUGCUCUAGGCCAGGGCAUGCCAAGCGGAACCCAGACAGCCAUUUCCCCUGAAGACCCGGUUCUCAUCGCCGUGGCCUUUGGCGGUGGUGGUGAGCGGAGAAAGAGACAGGCCAGCGCGCCAGUCAUCGCCGGAUUCUCUCAGGGUGAGAAGGCAGGCGCUGGCACUAACUGUGGCUUUGCAAGUAGGUACUACAUUGAAGAGGGAAAGCUGAAGAGUGGUGACAAGACCGUGGGCCUCAACGCUAGCGACUUCUACGUUCCCUUGGUUCCUGUGGAGUGGUACAAUGACAUUCAGACCGAGUUAUUUUUCGUUGAUGGUAUCUUACGUUGGGAGUCACAUCUCCGUGGUCCCGGACAAACUUAUCAAUGUGGCCGAGGUCCUUUGUACUUUGGUUUUCCCUUCCCUCCAAGACCAGAUUGCUAUACUGUGAUCUUGGGAGGUAUCGCAGCGAGUCAAUGUCCUGUCGACUACAUCGCUCAAGGCCUCACUCCGCCGGAAGAUCAAACCCCCGGAUCAACCACCCGUCCGGGAAGCACAGGGUCAACUACCCGGCGUUCUUCGACAUUGGUGCCACCGACAUCAGCCACAUCCGUCAGCGUUGAACCCACUUCCAGUGAAUCUGUGUCUUUCACAGCAUCUUCCUCUGAGGAUGGAUCCGAUUCCUCGACCACAACACAGUCACCUAGUGCGACCAUUCCUGCCUCAAGUACCACUGGCAUCCAGAGCACCUCCGUUGUGGGGGAACCCUCUACUUCUCCAUCGACCACAGGUCCAACAGUGGACCCUCCAUCUGGGACCACGCCGGUAGUCCCAGACACAUCUUCUACAGGAGGAGUAUCAAGCACAGGAGUCGAAUCCACAACAGGGGCUGGAGUCUCUACCACCACUAGCGAAGGCGACAUCUCAACCGUCAGUACCUCCACCAGUGGGCUCGUCGGCGAGACAUCCACGACCACCGGCCCUGUGGUCGCUACCACGACUACAGCAGUCAUUGAUCAGACCACGACCACGCUGGACGUCACAACGACAACAGCAGCAGCUACUACCACGACAGCUAUAACAGAAGACGUGAAGACCUUUACCACACCCACUGAUCCCAACGAUGGUGGCGGACUAUUGUGCAAGAAUAUCAACUUUGGCACUGGCGAUCCUGCCAGCGAGCCCCUGACUUUCCCAUUCAACGGAGGAGACUACAACUACAACAAAAUCGCACUCUCCGGCUCGGCGGGAAAGAAUUACGAGCUCAAUUGUUUGGGCCAUUCUGCUGGCAACGACGACACCGAGAUAGGGUCUGUUACUACAGUCUUCAGUCUUGAACACUGCGUUGCCCGAUGUGCAGCAGAAGCAGACGAAACUUGUUUGAGUGCCAAGUUCGACAGAGUCACAAAAGCCUGCCGGAUUUACACGGGAGCCAAUGCUUAUGCUCCAAAUAACUUAGAUCCAAGUUCAUUUGGUAUUCGCAGGCUAACCAUUGGUCUACCCAAGGUCUUCGGCGCACAAUACAUCCUUGGGCCUGACACAGCGGAUAAUCUGGGGCUAUGUGCUGGUAGCUUGGGCAUGGAUUACGCCAAGUCUUUCGUCGUUGUCACCAAGGCCGACAAGACAUUGCGACCUCUCACCGGACACCGGGACAAUGUCUGGUGGAUCAACUGCAAGAGCCACUGGGAAGGAACGGCGUCAGGAGUGAUCUCCGUGUCCACCGCUCAAGGAAUUGCUCCGCUUGGCCGUGCUGUCGCCAAUGGCGAAGACUGUCUGCGCCUUUGCCACUACCACGCAGCUGCCAGGGCAGCGAGCGGUGAGACUGACGGAUGUAAAAUCUUCCACUGGACGACCUCCAACACCUGCGUGAUGUAUUCCAAUCGUGGAACCGCACCAGGCGCAGCGGUAGACGACUCCGACGUGGUACUUUCCGGCGUUGUCCGAGGUACUGGCGGUGACGACGGCGAUCUGUUCUUCAGAGCCGUCGCAGAGUACAAGAAACGAGACGUUGGCCUCUAUGACGUCGACCUCUCGGCCAAACACAUGAGAGGCAAACGAUACACAUCAGCCCAACAAGUCCAAGACGAUCUCGAUCAAGCGCUUCUACCUGACGCCAUCAUCCCAUUCGAUCCGGCUGUGAAUGCGACUGACUUACGCGUCUAAGCGCCCUUGUCAUGCAUCAGUGACGAGGAUAACGAGAGAUGAUGUGUUGUUGUUUUUCUUCUGGCGCCGAGGCAGAGUCUUUGUUGGGGGCUAGCUGACGGAUUUAUAUUUCCACAUGUUGAAAACCAAUAGUUCUACUACUGGUGCAGCCUUUGCUCGGCAAUUAAUGU